AUGAACAAGCAAGCCGAAAAAAGUCAAGAUAAUGGUGUAUGGAUGAUGACGUCCAGUUUCACCAUUUUCACGAUGACAGCCGGCUUUGGACUACUGGAAUCCGGACGGGUAUCACCAAAAGAUGAAGUGAACGUAAUGGUGAAGAACGUAGUAGAUGUGAUUUUCGGAGGUCUCGCUUAUUGGAUGUUCGGCUAUGGUUUUACUUUCGGUCAGACGUUAACAAAUCCAUUCAUAGGAAUUGGCGACUACUUUUUCGAUCCUGAGCGAGAAGAACAACUUACACGAGAUGGAGUUAGUUUGCACUAA